AAAUCAAUAAUAUAGGAAGUAGAACUCCUCUCAAGGUGAUGAUUUUUCUGAAAUCUUGGCCUCACUGACAGAUAAGAAAGGAAAAAAAGAAGAGCCAAGUAUCUUUACUGUAAUUCAACAUGGAGGAGAAAUUCAACAUGGAGGAGAAAGCACAUAAAUACCUGGAGUGUGGACAGAGCUUCACUCGGAGUUCAAGUCUACAUUCACAUCAAAAGACUCACACUGGGGAGAAACCCUAUACAUGUCUAGAAUGUGGAAAGAGCUUCACUAAUAGUUCGGGUCUACAUAGGCAUCAAAGGACUCAUACUGGGGAGAAACCUUACACAUGCCUGGAGUGUGGACAGAGCUUCACUCUGAGUUCAAAUCUACGUUCACAUCAAAGGAUUCACACGGGGGAGAAACCCUAUACCUGCCUAGAAUGUGGAAAGAGCUUCACUCGGAGUUCGGAUCUACGUUCACAUCAAAGGACUCACACUGGGGAGAAACCGUAUACCUGCCUAGAAUGCAGAAAGAGCUUUACUAAGCGUUCAGAUCUACGUUCACAUGAAAGGACUCACACUGGGGAGAAACCGUAUACAUGCCAGGAGUGUGGAAAGAGCUUCACUCAGAGUGCACACUUAGGUUUGCAUCAAAGGACUCACACUGGGGAGAAACCAUAUAAAUGCUUGGAGUGUGGACAGAGCUUCAUUCAUAGUUCAGGUUUACGUUCGCAUCAAAGGAUUCACAUUGGGGAAAAACCCUUUACAUGCCUGGAGUGCGGACAGAGCUUCACUCGAAGUUCAGACCUACGUUCACAUCAAAGGACUCAUACUGGAGAGAAACCUUAUAAAUGCAUGGAGUGUGGACAGAGCUUCUCUCGUAAUGGAAACCUACAUAUACAUCAAAGGAUUCACACAGGAGAGAAACCCUACACAUGCCUAGAAUGUGGGAAGAGCUUCACUCGGAAUGCAGAUCUACGUUCACAUCAAAGGACUCACACUGGGGAGAAACCCUAUAAAUGCUUGGAGUGUGGAAAGAGCUUUACUGUGAAUGAAAGUCUACGUUCGCAUCAAAGGACUCACACUGGGGAGAAACCCUAUAAAUGCUUGGAGUGUGGACAGAGCUUCACUCAUAGUUCAGGUUUACGUUCACAUCGAAGGAUUCACACUGGGGAAAAACCCUAUACAUGCCUGGAGUGUGGACGGAGCUUCACUCGAAGUUCAGAUCUACGUUCACAUCAAAGGACUCACACUGGGGAGAAACCCUAUAAAUGCUUUGAGUGUGGAAAGAGCUUCACUGACAGUGGACAUCUACGUUCUCAUCAAAGGACUCACACUGGGGAGAAACCCUAUAAAUGCUUGGAGUGUGGACAGUGCUUCACUGUGAAUGGAAGUCUACGUUCGCAUCAAAGGACUCACACUGGGGAGAAACCCUAUACAUGUCUGGAGUGUGGACAGAACUUCAUGUAUAAUUCAGGUCUGCGUUCACAUCAAAGGACUCACACUGGGGAGAAACCCUAUAAAUGCUUGGAGUGUUUAAAGAGUUUCACUCAUAAUGGAAGUCUACAUUCAUAUCAAAGGACUCACACUGAAGAGAAACCGUAUACAUGCCUGGAGUGUGGACAGAGCUUCACUCAUAAUGGAAGUCUACUUUUUCAUUAAAGGACUCACACUGGAGAGAAACCCUAUAAAUACUUGGAUUUGACAGAGAUUCACUCAUAAUUCAGAUCUACAUUCUCAUUUAAGGACUCACACUGGGAAGAAACCCUAUAAAUGGAGUGUGGACAGACCUUCAGUCAGAGUUGAAGUCUAUGAUCACAUGAAAAGAAUCACACCAGGGAGAAACCCUAUACAUGUUUGGAAUGUGGAAAGAUUUUUGCUCAUUGUACACAAUUAUAUUCACUUUAAUGGACUCUCACUGGGGAGAAACCCUAUAAAUGCCUGGAGUGUGGACAGUGCUUCAAGCAAGAGUUCAGGUCUUUUUUGCACAAAAGAACUCACACUGUGGAGAAACACAAUCAUGCCUGGAGUAUGGACAGAGCUUCACUCAUAAUUCAGGUCUACAUUCGCAUCAAAGGACUCACACUAAGGAUUAACCCUAUACAUUCUAGGAGUCUGGAUGGCACUUCACCGAGAGUAGAAAUCUACGUUUGCAUGAAAGGACUCACACAAAGGAUUAACCCUAUACAUGUCUGGAGUGUGGACAGAACUUCACUGAUAAUGGAUGUCUACGUAGACAUUAAAGGACUCCCAUUGAUGAGAAACCUUAUAUAUGCACAUAUUGUGGACAGAGUUUCACUGAGAGUAGAAAUCUACAUUUGCAUUAAAGGACUCACACUGGGAGUAACUAUUCCCAGAAUUCACACUGAGAGAGAAUAGUGGUAUUUGAUCCCGGAGAGACUCUCUAAGACAGCUGUUAAACUAGCAAACCAGAAGUUAAA